AUGGACUAUUCGUACUUAAACCAGACUGGUUUCGACUCGAGCUGUUUACAAGGGACUACGAUGGAUCCGGCUGGACUAAGUAAUAUGCCUUGUUCCUAUGGUGACUUAACGUCUUGUAGUCAAAUGUCGCAAGCAGCUUAUCGUUACACUGCAGCUGCUGCUUCAAUGGCCAGAUCAUACAAUCCUGCAAGUUCGGGGCCCAUGGGGGUACAUCAUCCCGCUUCUGCAAGUUCGCAGUGUGCUGUGAUGGGAGGAAGACCACAUGUCCAAGAUGUGCACAGAGCAGCUAUGUUCCCUACGUCGAUGAAUUUACAAAGCCCCCAAACGACUAACGAGGCGCCAAAAGUAUAA